AUGGCCGCCAGCAGAUCUCCGUCACGGCCGCGCCGAACUGUGUCCCCCGCGACGGUACCAGAGAGGAAGCCACCGCUUCCCCCGCAACCCAGCGGUUGGCAAAUACUGUGGAAAAGAUGCACGGCCUCUUGCAGCACUGCCUGUGUGCUAGAACGCUUCAAGAAGCUGGUGCCGGCGGCCGAGUGGGUGCCGCGCUACCGCUGGCGGCAGCAGCUGGCGGGCGACCUGUCCGCGGGGCUGGUGGUGGCCGUGAUGCACGUGCCGCAGGGCCUGGGCUACGCGCUGCUGGCCGGCGCCGCCCCCGUCGGCGGGCUCUACGUCGCGCUGCUGCCCGUCUUCGUCUACGCCCUGUUCGGAACCUCGCGCCACAUCUCCAUGGGCACCUUCGCCGUCACCUGUCUCAUGACUGGCCAGCAGAAUUAUCGUACAUUUUCUACUGUGCUGUCUGCGGGUUUGGUAUCGGUUCGAGUAGUAGUGGGGAUGGCGCAGAUCGUGUCGGAGCACGCGGGGGACGGUGUGACUCCCGAGGAGGUGGUGAGCAUGGUGUCGCUAUGGUGCGGCCUGCUGCUGCUGGCUCUGUGGGUGCUGCGCCUGGGGGCGCUGUGCCGAGUGCUGAGCGAGACGCUGGUGAGCGCCAUCACGACGGGCGCAGCAGUUCACGUCUUCACCUCGCAGCUGCUCGAGGCGCUGGGCGUGGCGCGCGACGCUCCCAAGCACCACGGCCUGCUGCGCCUCGUCUACACCUACGGGGACCUGUUCUCGGGCAGCCUGCCUCCCAGGCUGCCGGCCAUUGCCACCGCGCUUAUCACCAUCGCGGUGCUCGUGGUCUACCAGCUGGCUGUGCCCAAACUGGUCGGCCGCUGGCUGUCUGCCGAGCUGGUCGUCCUCGUCGUCACCACCGUUACCGCCUCGCAAGUUGACUUCUCUGCCAGUUAUAUUGUUGGUGGUGGAACUGGUGGUGGCAGUGGCAGCAGUGGUGGUAGUGCAACUGCAGUGCAUCCAGAACUGAUUGCAUCUGCAAAUGAGGAGUCAGCUAUGUCUGGGGCAGUAGUGUGUAUGGGGGUUGAUACAUUAAGAGAUGAGUGCCGCGACGAUGGUGGUAAGCAGGCAAUGUGGAACAUGUCGGUGGUGGGGCCGGUGCCUAGCGGGCUGCCUAAGCUGCGCGACCCCGUGAGCGACUGGAAGCUGAUGGGGGCGGUGGCCGUGGGCUCGCUGGGCGUGGCGGCCGUCAGCUUCGCGGUGAGCACGUCAAUGGCGCUGCUGCUGGCGCGCGGCCGCUACCGCGUGCGCCUCAACCAGGAGCUGCUGGCGCAGGGGCUCACCGCGGUCGCCUCCGCCGUCAGCGGGGGCGUGCCGCCCUCCGCCUCGCUGUCGCGCUCCCUGCUGCAGAGGGACGCGGGCGGCUCCACGCAGCUCGCCGGCCUCGUGUCCUGCGCCGUGCUGCUGGCUGUGGUGCAGGGCGCCGGUCCGCUGUUCGAGCCUCUGCCCAGGGCGGUGCUCGCCGCCGUCAUCAUCGUAGCCCUCAGGGGAAUGGUGAUGGCGGCGAGCCGCGACGUGCCGCGCAUGUUCCGGCUGAGCGUGCUCGACGGCGGCGUGUGGGUGGCCUCCUUCCUGGGCGUCGUGCUGCUCGACACGGCGCUCGGCCUGCUGCUGGGCGUCGCCCUGUCGCUGCUCUUCCUGGUCGUCAGGGGGGCCGCGCCGCGAGUCCAGGUGCUCGGCAUGCUGGCCGCCGCCAAAGGGCCCCCGGCGUACGUGGAACUGGACGGCAACGCGGCCGCCGUGGAGCGGCCCGGCGUGCGCGUAGUGCGGCUGCUGGCCGGCGCGGCGCUGGCGUUCCCCAGCCGGGACGAGCUGCGCGAGCAGGUGUUCGGCGCGGUGGGCGUGGAGCCGGCCAGGGUGCUGGAGCUGCAGCGGCUGGCGCUGGCCGCCGAGCCGGACUCUGCCCAGCAGCGCGACCUGCUGGAGCGCGCCGAGCAGGCGGCGACGCCGCAGUGGCGCGUGCGGGCCGGCGCCGCGCCGCAGCCGCGCCGCCUCACGCACGUCGUGCUCGACCUCUCCACCGUCACCUCCUGCGACUUCUCGUCCGCCAGGAGCCUCGAGCUGCUCGCCGCCAUCUACGAGGCCAUCGACGUCACCGUGGUGCUCGUGCUGCAGCAGCCCCUCUACUCGCUCGAGUCGGUGCUCAGCGUGGACGCCGCCGUGCGGAUGAUCGGCGGGGUCAGGGAAGAAGAAGGAGAAGACUGA